AUGCCGAGACAACGACAAAAAUCAACGCGAGCCCAAGCGGGCAUUCACUUCAUCAUCGCAGAUCCAUCCUCUAGUCGAGAACGACCAGAUAAUCUUCGGAUAGUCCGAUCGCAUGUUGGGAGAUGGAGGUGGCAGCAAGCGAAGCAGAACUCACAAAAGGAGAGUCAAAGGAGUAGUGGCACCGACCACUUCCCCGCUGCCGAGUCCCCUCACGACUACCGAAGUUCCCCGGAUUCUGAAACGAAUGAAUUCUCAACUGGUGAUAUAUCUGGAGACGCGUCUCCAGAUACAGAAUCGUACCCAUUCCUGAUACCAGAGUCGGCGGUGCCUGACCAGCCAUACCUUGGGCAUGACCUGCCCGACGAGGAUGUCUUCACCUUCUCUAAUCAAGAAAGUGAGAUAGGCCUACCCGACCCCUGGGAUGAGCACAACACAGCGACGGAUUUUGACUUUGGCUCGUCUAUGUGUCUGAGCGGGAUCAGCCCGACCAUUUUGGAUCCUUUCCAGACCAUUGGGGCAUCGCCCUUGUCACUAGGCCUCGUUAGUAGCUCUAACAAAUACUCUUUAUCAAUAUUGUGGCCUGGCCUGAUGCCCAAGUCAUCCUCGGGGACAACUCAUGUCGGCGUGCAAAGAUGGUUCGCAACUUCUACUUGCAACGCAGCAGUCCAUAGUACCCUGUUAUAUGGAUCGUACUCCCACCGACGAGCACUAUGGAUGGUGAAGCAACGAGGUCAUUUCAGCACUGAGGAUGCCAAGCAAAUGGCAGCCUGCGAGGCGGAUGCUAUUGCAAGAAUCAACCGAGCCAUCAAGAUUCCUUCUGAGGCCGUCACGGAUUCGUUGAUCUUGUGCGUGUUGUGUAUGGCCACAAACAAGUUGGAGAAUCCGUUAUGGGAAGACAUCACGGAGUCUCCAUUUAAAUCUCCAUUGCGAAGUUUGCAGUGGCUUGACGUGUACGGCCGCUUGUCUCCACAUCCAGUUCACCAAGCUGGCUUGCGGCAGCUGGUGUCGCUCAGAGGUGGUUUAGAGAAAAUUGAACUGCCCGGACUCGCCACUGUGAUCGCCUAUUCCAGCGUCCUGGGCGCCAGCCGAGCACUUACCCGACCUACCUUCCCGUACAUUUCAAUUCGUGGAGGCACUCGAAUGACCUUGCAGGACGUACUUGGGAUUGACGACUUUUUAGAACACCCAAAGUCUGAAAUUUCCGAGGGCGAGCAUGUCAUGCCGGAGAUGCAAAGGAUUUUCCGAAGCUUGCGGAUAUACCUUGAACUCAUCGAAGCGUACCAAGAUGGAAUUCAGAUGGGCAUGGACACACUUUGUGACUACCGAAACGUCAUUCAGUGGCACAUCAUGUCCUUACUGCCUUCUAGUCAGCUUGGGUCAGCCCAUGUUAGCUUCUAUCCCUUGUAUGAGUGCUGUCGUCUGGCUUUGGUUACCUUUGGGAUUGGCGUCAUAUUCCCUCUCCCGCCCCAAAAUUCUCCGAUGGCGAGCCUCGCUCGGAUGCUGCAGAUUGAACUUCAAGCAUACAGCCAAGUGGUUCAAGACGAAUCACUUGAAGUUCAAAAAUUGUAUGGUUGGUGUCUCAUGAUGGGUGGGAUCGCAGCAAAGUCGUCAUCACAGAGGAGCUGGUAUGCAGACAAGCUCAAGCUCUAUGCCGGAUCACGGUGCUUAUUGACUUGGCAUGAGAUGAAGAUGGAGUUGGGGGCCGUUUUGUGGCUCAAUAGCGCCUGUGACGGGGCGGGGAAGAUGAUGUGGGAUGAAGCGAUGAGGGCAUGA